GUGGUUUUUCUUGUGUGGUGCAUGGUUGUUGGUGAGUAUUUGCUUCAGGUUGGGGGGCUGUCUGUAAGUGAGGACUGGCCUGUCUCCCAAGGUCUGUGAGAGUGAGGGAUUGUCCUCUCUGCAACGUAAGUUUACAGAACAGAACGCCACUAGCCGUCACCUACAGGCCCCAACUAAAACCUCUCCAGCGCAUCAUCAAGGAUCUACAACCUACUCUGAAGGACGAUCCCUCACUCUUACAGAUCUUGGGAGACAGGCCAGUCCUCCUCCUCUGGUCUUGUUUACUCUGGUCAGUUGGAUGACAGGUUCAUUAUGACAUCAGAAACCAAAAAAGCAACAUCUAAUGGGGAAUUGUAAUUUUUUUUAUUUUUUGAGGGGGGUUCAGACAUGACAUUACUAAUAUUUCAAUGGGAAAAAAUUGUAAAACCUCAUCUUUCAGGCCUUAUUUAUAUAUCAUAUAGGCUACAAACACAGAUUUUUUUUGCCUUCUGCAAGUUACCCUAUGUAACGUCCUUUAUCUAAGGAUACUGUAUAUGGAUGACAUUGGAUCUAACGAACCAGACAUCUACAAGAGAAGUUAUUUUAUAGUCAUGGUUGAAAGAAACAAAUUGUAUACAUGAACUAACUUAACUUGCAGAUAUAGUGUCUGAGUCUCUGUCUAGUACCUUUAGUAAUUUGGACCAGUGCAAAGUGGAUGUAAAAUGUUACCAAAUAAGAAUGGUCGUGUUUUUACUCCACUUUGCUCUGGUUUAAAUGAUUGCAUACAGGGCAAUAGCCGAUGUGAUCAAAUGGAAUUACUUUAAAUCGAGGUGGGGGAAAAAGUUAACUCAGAAAAGAAAAAUAUUAUAGUGGAUGGCACUGUUACAGUUUAACAAAUUUUUUUUUCUUAGCAUGUGAGCAAAUGUGCAAUCUGUUAUAGUUUUGUGAUGCAUGUUCUUUUUGGGGAAUCUGUUGCAAAUAGCAUGUUUACUGUCCACCUUAAUCUAAACAGUUAAUUCUUGUGGCAGAGUUGCUUCCUGAAAACUGGCUAUUGGUGUUGAAACUGGGAUUUUUGAAAGAAAGGUUUGCUUGCAUGGUGUUUGUGAUCACCUUUGUUCCAGGACUGAUGUAUAUAGUAUAAAUAAAACAAGUCACAUUAAGAAAGUGCCACAGAUUUCUCCUCCAAUGAAUAACUAGUAAUAGUACUUACUGCCCACUUUCAUGCUAUGAGUUAUUAAUUAAAUAGGGAAUUGUGGGAGGGAGUGGGGAGAAUUGGGUUAAAUUAAAUUUAAUAUAGUAAGAACCAGGGUUUUGCAGAAGAGAAAGUUAAAGCCUCAGGAAGUGUUAUGGCCCUGUGCAAUUUACAGUUUUACUUUUGAGGCACCAACCAGCUGCUUUGUAAUAUAACAAAUAUUCUUCUCUAAUUCACUGAGACAGUAUAAUUACAUGUGUUUAGAUAUGAUGUUGAUCCUCAAAUGUGUAUAUGUUAUUACAGCACAGUUACCUAUCAGAAUGAUGCACUGAUUAUAGCCCAGAGUACAGUGGUACACAUUUUACAAGAGCACCAGUUCUCAUUUAAGAAUUCCCUUCUUUAUAGGUAAUACAACAGGAAACACAGUAAGGACCCAGUCCUGCUGUCACUGAAGUGAGUGGCAAAAAACUGACUUCAAUGGGAACCAGGAACAUUUGCUGUAAUGUAAAGGUGUCCCCCUUAUGGAAUUCAAAGAACAGUUCAACAUCAUUUAACUUCAACUUUUGUCUAUUCUUUUGAAGAAAUGGACAACAUCACUUUACAAGGCCAAAUAGAGAAUACUCCUGUAGACAUCGGUAAUCUAAAUUCCAUGCGUCCUGAGACUAAGUAAUUUAUAAAAUUGGAUGCCGUACAGAAGGUUUGUAAUCAGGAUAAAGAAGCUUUGGAAAAACAAGUAAACCUUAUAUUAAUAAGACGUUAUUUGAAUUGCAUAUUUAGCAAAACCCCACAAUUUUUAAAUGACAAUAUGAUUAUUGUGACUUCCUACAAGAUCUCACUUAGUAUGUCAGCUGUUUGCAAGUGGAAAAGAGAGAGGAAGAUUAUGGUUCAGUCGAUCUCCAAAUGAUCAAAAGUCAAAACUGCAGUUUUGUAACUUGUCUCUUCAGAGCCAUGCAAAGAUGUGAAAUUUGCGUCUCUGCAGAAUCCUAGGGCUGCUUUGGGUGGCAAUAAACAGCUGAAUCACGGCUGAGGAAAGCACGACAAUGGGAGUUCUCAAAUGAGCGUGUGGCAGGAAUAGACCACCACCACCUACUCACUCACGCUAAAGGUCUCCAGGAGGCAUUCUCCUGACACCAUGGAGAUUCUGUUCCUGAAAAUGCUUCUGCUACUGGCUGGCUGUUUAGGUGGGCUCUUUUAUCACCUCUCAGAUCUUUGUGUGGGUGAGAAGAGAACAGUUCAGAACAAGCCGAAUUUCAUAGUCAUUUUGGCAGAUGAUGUUGGAUGGGGGGACCUUGGGGCCAACUGGGCAGAAACCAAGGACACUCCUAACUUGGAUCAGAUGGCUGCAGAAGGAAUGAGAUUUGUGGAUUUUCACUCUGCUGCAUCCACUUGCUCCCCAUCCCGUGCCUCCCUGCUCACAGGAAGGCUCGGCAUUCGCAAUGGAGUGACCCACAACUUUGCUGUCACAUCAGUGGGUGGCCUCCCCCUCAAUGAGACUACGUUAGCUGAGGUUCUGCAGGAAGCAGGAUACAUCACCGGGGUAAUAGGUAAAUGGCACCUCGGACAUAGCGGCCUCUAUCAUCCCAGCUUCCGUGGUUUCGACUAUUACUUCGGGAUCCCCUACAGUCACGACAUGGGUUGCACUGACACCCCAGGUUACAACCUCCCUCCCUGUCCAGCAUGCCCUCGACACUCUGCGGACACAAGCAGCCAUGGGAGAGAUUGUUACACAAAGGUGGCUCUUCCUCUCUUCGAAAACAUUACCAUCAUCCAACAGCCUGUGAACCUCACUGGCUUGGCUGCAGAGUAUGCAGAAAAAGCAACUCAGUUCAUCCAGCGCGCAAGUGAAAGCGGACGCCCCUUCUUCCUAUACCUAGCGCUGGCCCAUAUGCACGUGCCCUUGGUCCUCGCUCAGCCUCCCUCCAGCUCCUCAUUCCCUGGGCCAUACCGAGCCAGCCUGAGGGAGAUGGAUGCCCUGGUGGGACGGAUAAAGGACAAAGUUGACGGCUGCGGGAAGGAAAACACAUUCCUUUGGUUCACAGGAGACAAUGGCCCUUGGGCUCAGAAGUGCGAGCUUGCAGGGAACGUGGGCCCAUUCUCCGGGGCAUGGCAAAGGCAACGAGGUGGGAGUGCAGCCAAGCAAACGACCUGGGAAGGGGGACAUCGUGUUCCGGCGCUGGCUUAUUGGCCUGGCAGGAUCCCUGCCAAUGUGUCAAGCGUUGCACUGUUGAGCACCACAGACAUUUUCCCCACCUUGGUGUCCCUGGCAAAGGCGAGCCUCCCUCCCAACAGGCGCUUCGAUGGUUCAGAUGUGUCUGAGAUUCUCUUUGGGCAGUCGCACCAAGGGCACAAGACGUUGUUUCACCCCAACAGUGGAGCAGCUGGAAAGGACGGAGAGAUAAAAGCGCUACGGCUGGCUCAAUACAAGGCAUUUUACACUACAGGCGGGGCGAAAGCCUGUGACGGAAGCAUUGGGCUGGAAGAGCAUCACCAACUACCACUCAUUUUUAAUCUGGAUCACGACAUUCAGGAGCAGGUGCCUCUGGACAUGAAGGCUGGCGAGUAUCAGGCUGUGCUACCUGCGAUAACCAGGGCUUUGACAGACUUUCUUCAGGAUAUUGCAUCAGACAACAUCUCAACAGCUGAUUACGCCCAUGAUCCAGCAGUGAUGCCCUGCUGCAAUCCACAGCACAUAGUUUGCCGAUGUCAGGCUUGCUGCUCUAGCCCUGCCAUGGUAGACAGUAACAGGGAGCCGUAAUCAACAGUUUCACACUGACUUGGCUGUCAGGUCAGUCUGUGCCGUUCUAACUGUGCUGUAUGCAAAUAAAUCUGAUGCUGUCUAAACCA